AUGGACAAAAGUUGGAUAAAUCUUUCAACUAGGGCAAAUGAUGAAUAUAUAAAUGGGGUUGUUAGUUUUCUAGACUUUGCAUUUGCGCAUUCAGCUAAAGAUGGAAAAUUUUUUUGCCCUUGUACCAAAUGUGUAAACACAUAUCAUGUGUCAAGAUCUGAGGCAUUUGAUCAUAUAAUAUGCGAAGGCUUUUUGAAGGGCUAUGUUCAAUGGAUUUUUCAUGGAGAAUCAUCUGGUGCAUAUACUUCCACAUCUAAAAGUAAUGAAGAGGAAGAAGAUUUACAUCAUGGCAUGCAUACCUUAUUGAAUGAUGCUUUUGGAAUGGAUGUGGACAUGGAAGAAAGAACAGAUGAGCUUGAUGAUGUUAACAGAAGAAGUUUUGGUGAUAACCAAUUUUAUUCUCUGAUUAAAGAGGCCGAGGAGAGCUUGUACUCAACUUGUACUACCUUCACAAAGCUAUCCUUUAUGCAUUGGGAUUGGGUUACAAAAAAAGUUCAUGCUUGUCCUAAUGAUUGCAUGUUGUUUUGGAAAAAUAAGGAACAUGAAGAUAUUUGUUCGAAAUGUGGAGCUUCUAGGUGGAAAGAACAUGCAAAUAUUGUGGAAGAUGAUUCAUCCAUUUCUACCAAGAAAAAGAAGCCUGUCAAGAUUUUACGUUGGUUUCCUUUGAAACCAAGAUUGCAGAGGUUAUUUAUGUCUUCAAAAACAGCAACUUUUAUGAAGUGGCACGAGGAAGGUCGUACUAAAGAUGGAAACUUGAGGCAUCCAGCAGAUUCAAAGUGUUGGAAAAAUUUAGAUGCUCGCUAUCCUGAUUUUUCCUCUAACACACGCAAUAUUCGUCUCGGUUUAGCUUCUGAUGGAUUUAACCCAUUCAAGACUAUGAAUGUAACACAUAGCACUUGGCCUAUUAUUUUGAUACCUUAUAAUUUGCCUCCUUGGAUGUGUAUGAAACAACCUAACUUCAUACUUUCCUUACUUAUUCCUGGUCCAAAAGAUCCUGGAAAUAAUAUUGAUGUUUAUAUGGAGCCAUUGAUUGAGGAGCUAAAAGAGUUAUGGGAAGAUGGAAUUGAAACAUUUGAUGUCUCUAUGAAUGAAACAUUUCGAAUGCGAGCUGCAAUAUUGUGGACUAUUAAUGACUUCCCUGCAUAUGCUAACUUGUCUGGUUGGAGUACGAAAUGGGCAUAUGCAUGUCCUAUCUGUGGUUAUGACACUGCUUCAAGAUGGUUCCUUCUUGUACUUAAAUUUUUUGUCCGUAAUAGAGCUCAUCUUGAAGGUUCAAUUGCUGAAGGGUAUUUAGCACAAGAGUUCUUGACAUUUUGUUCAUGGUACUUAAUAGGAGUGGCGACGAAAUUUAAUUGA